AUGGCUACCCCCAGUGUCCUCGCCUUUGACGCUGAGGGCAGAGCCAUUGACUUUGACGUGUGGGUAGACGACCUACUGCUUUUCCUACAGUGCGACAGAGCUGACGGACUCUCUCUCUUUGAUCUCACUUCUGGUGCCUCUCCCGCCCCUGCUGCUACUGAGGAUGCCACUGUUCGCUCACAGUGGGCCACACGCGAUGCUGCUGCACGUCUUGCUGUGCGUCGCCACCUCCCUCCCGCUGAGCGUGCGCACUUUGGCUCGUACAAGAGUGCUAAGACCUUGUACGACGCCGUUAUCGCACGCUACUCCACCCCUGCCACUGCUGCACUUAGCCGCCUCAUGCUACCGUACCUCUUUCCCGACCUUGCUGCUUUUGCCACAGUAGCUGACCUCAUUACCCACCUGCGCACUAGUGACGCUCGCUUCCGCGCUGCACUUCCUGCUGAGUUCUGCGCCAAGAACCCCCCCCCCCCCCAGUACUUCACUCUCUACUACAUUGUCACCCGCCUCCCUGACUCCCUUCGCGGAGUCAGGGAUGACCUACUCGCAGUCUGCCCCACCACUCUCACUGUCGAGAUUCUCGAGAAGUCCCUCCUAGCAGCCGAGAAGAGCAUUCUCGCUGUAGGGGCCUCUCGUGGUGACCCGCGCACCCCCAUCUUUGAGGGGUGUUCCCCCUCCCCCCUCCUGCCCUCUGUCGCCUCUGCUGCUACGGCCGACCUUGUUGGUUUUGAGUCGGUUGGUGCGGCGUCUGCCCCCAGCGGGAGACGUCGCUCUGGCAAGAGCAAGGGGGGCAGGGGCGGUGGUGGAGGCGGCGGGGGCGGUGGAGGCGGAGGUGGAGGCAGCGGCGGAGGUGAGGGUGGUAGCGGGAGUGGUGGGGGGAGUGGAGGUGUCGGCGGAGGCAGUGGAGGCGGUGGCGGCAGCGGCGGUGGUAGUGGGGGUGGAGGCGGAGGCGGCGGUGGCGGCGGCGACGGUGGGAGUGGUGGUGGUGGCGGAGGUGGUGGCGGCGGCGGCGGAGGAGGCGGCGGAGGUCGUGGCGCGUCGAGGAGGAGUGGCUCCGGUGGUGGUCAGCGCCAGCAGCAGCAGCGUGGUCAGGAGACCCUCUCCCCGCAGCAGCUCCGUGAGUGGUACUGUGCGCGUCAGCGGGGUGGGGGUGCUGGUCCGUGCACUUACGUCCUGCGCACUGGCGACCGUGCGGGUGAGCAGUGUGGUGGUCCACACUCCACCCAGCGCUGCUUCGGCCGCCUGACUGACGCUUGGCGCCGCCAGUUUCCUGACGCCUCUGAGAUCCCUCGCUGGGACCAGCUGUCUAGGGCGGGAGUAGCUAUCUUUGAUCUUGACUUUGAUGCUAUUCUUCGUGCCAUGUAUGCUGUGACUAUUAGUGAGGAGGGUGACUGUUACCGGUGUUUCCCGCCCGACCCGGGCAUUGGUACUGCGGCUCUAGGUACUGUUGAGGCUGCUGCUCUAGGUGCUGGUGAGGCUGUUGCUCUAGGUGCCAGUGAGUCUGAGUCCUCAGGUGCUGGUGAGUCUGCUCUCUCAGGUACUGUGUCGACUUCUCCCUCUCUCACUUUCACUCUUGACUCCGGGGCGUCUCGCUCCUUCUUUCGAGACCGCACCACACUCACGCCGCUUAGUCGGCCAGUGGCGGUCUCCUUGGCAGACCCCUCUGGGGGUCCUGUUCUGGCUCGCUACUCCACUGUCCUGCCGUUUCCUGUAGUCCCGUCUGGCACCCUGUCCGGUCUCUACCUCCCCUCGUUCUCCACGAACUUGGUGGCGGGUGCUGACCUACAGGAUGCACGGGUUGACCAGUUCACCCCUGCGCGCCGACGGGUCACCCACUGCACGGACGCGGACACGGGUCGACACCUGACCACGUUCACACGUGGUCCAGGGUCGAGCCUGUACACACUCACUGUUCCGUCUCCUCCUCCUGCGUCUGGUCAGGUAUCUGCGUCGGGUCAGGUGUUUGCUGCAGCGUCCAGGUCUGGUCCUGAGUCUGCCCCCUGCUCGUGUCGCCUCCUGUCCCACGAGACCCUCCUGUGGCACCACAGGAUGGGUCACCCCUCCCUGCCUCGUCUCCGGGGCAUGGCCUCUCGCCUUCUUGUCUCUGGUCUUCCCCGGUCCCUCCCUCCCCUUCCUCCGGGGCCUGGCCCUCCCUGUGUCCCCUGUGUUGAGGGUCGCCUGCGGGCUACCCCUCACUCCUCCCCGUUUCCUCCGACGGAGGCCCCGAUGCAGACGCUUCACAUGGACGUGUGGGGCCCAGCCCGCGUCGGUGGACAGGGUCACGAGCGCUACUUCCUGCUGGUGGUUGACGACUACACGCGUUACACCUCAGUCUUCCCCUUGCGCAGCAAGGGUGAGGUCACUGAGGUGUUGAUCGACUGGAUCCGCGCAGCUCGUCUCCAGCUCAGGAAGAGCUUUGGCUCGGAUUUUCCUGUUUUCCGUCUACACUCGGACAGAGGCGGAGAGUUCUCCUCUGGCCUUCUGCGCGCCUACUGUCGGGCACGAGGCAUCCGCCAGACCUUCACGCUUCCGGACUCUCCACAGCAGAAUGGGAUUGCUGAGCGCCGCAUCGGCAUUGUCAUGGACGUCGCCCGCACGUCCAUGGUUGGUGAUGCGUCGGCGUUCCGUGUCUGGGGAUCUCGGGCGUUUGUCCGCGACUUGUCUGCGGACAAGCUGUCCCCUCGUGCUGCUCCCUGUGUCUUUCUUGGCUUCCCCACAGACGCUCCCGGGUGGCAGUUCUACCACCCCUCCUCUCGUCGUGUUCUGUCCUCCCAGGACGUCACGUUCGACGAGUCAGUCCCCUUCUACCGCCUCUUCCCCUACCGCACUCCUUCCCUCCCCCCUCCACCGGACUUCCUUGUGCCGGUUCCCCCCCCGGUAGACCCCCUCCCCCCUCAGGUUCUUGCCCCCUCAGGUGUGUCCCAGGUAGACGCCGUUGACCCGGUCGAGGUUACUGGUGACUCUGGUGCUGCUGCGGGUGCUGAGCCUGGGGGUGCUGACUCUGGGGGUGCUGUGCGCGGGGGUGCCGAGCCUGGAGGUGCUGCUACUGGGGGUGCUGAGCCUGGGGGUGCUGGGCCUGGGGGUGCUACUGCGGGGGGUACUGAGCCUGGGGGUGCUGAGCCUGGGGGUGCUGAGCCUGGGGGUGCUGAGACUGGAGGUGCUACGCCUGGGGGUGCUGAGCCGGGGGGUGCUGUGCCUAGAGCUGCUGAGCCUGGGGGUGCUGAGUCCGGAGCUGCUGCGCCUGGGGGUGCUGCGUCUGGAGCUGCUGAGCCUGGGGUUUCUCCUGCUGCUGCGUCUCGCCGGGAGCCCCUCUCUCCACAGGAGCUGCGCGAGUGGUUUGCUCGCCGCUGGAGGCAUGCUGCUGGAGCUAGAGCUUCUUCGACCGUCGAGGGUGCUGGUCCUGCCGGUCCCGGAGCUGCUGGGCCUGCGGGUCCUACUGGAGCUGGAGCUGCUGAGGGUGUUGGUGCUCAGACAGCUGCUGUCUGUCCUGGCGGUGGUUCUGCUGCUGGUGCUGCUGGAGGUCCUGCUGCUGGAGGUGCUGGUGGCGCUAGUGCUGUCGCCGAGGGUGCUGGUGCUGUCCCUGCUGAGUCUGGAGUUGCCGCGCGGCCUCGGCCGUACUUCGUUCCACUCCUGCAGCAGGUUCUUGCGUCGUGA